AUGGGCCAUCGUUUUGUAGAUAGCUUCCGCCGUGCCCCCGGAGGACUCCCAAUGACUGGCAACCACGGCUAUCAAAUCAACGACGAUCUUCCAGAAAUAGCCCAAGCGGGUAACCGCUUCUAUGAUCUCCGCGCUGCCAACGUCCGAACGGCAAAUUCCGCACUUGCACGCGAUCUCAAGGGUCGUCAUCUGCAGAUGAUUGCUUUUGGCGGUUCUAUCGGCACCGGUUUAUUUGUGGCAUCGGGCCUGGCAUUGUACCAAGGUGGACCAGCCUCGAUGCUGCUGGCCUACCUCGUGACAGGUGCUAUUCAGUUCUGUACUAUGCAGAGCUUGGGCGAACUGGUGGCCACAUUUCCCGUUGCUGGCUCGUUUUCUGCAUUUUCAAGCCGAUUUCUAGAUCCGUCGUGGGGCUUUGCUAUGGGCUGGAAUUAUGCACUGCAAUGGCUCUUUGUCCUGCCGAUUGAGAUUAUAUCUGGAGCAUUGACGAUUCAAUUUUGGAACUCGUCUAUAAACCCAGCAAUAUUUGUUACUAUUUUCCUCAUUACAAUUGUUGCCAUAAACAUGUUUGGCAUCAAAGGCUAUGGCGAAGCAGAAUUCAUUUUCUCUACAGUCAAGGUAACAGCGAUUGUCGGCUUCAUACUACUUGGUAUUGUCAUCAAUAUCGGAGGACCGCCUACGAGCGGAUACAUUGGCGGACAAUACUGGACCAACCCUGGCGCAACAAAUAACGGGUUUAAAGGGUUUUGCAGCGUCUUAGUCACGUCUUCAUUCUCCUUUAUUGGUACCGAAUUGGUCGGCCUUGCCGCCGCUGAAACUGCCAAUCCGAAGAAAUCCCUUCCAAGCGCCAUCAAGCAAGUCUUUUGGAGAAUCGCCAUCUUUUACAUCGUAUCGCUCCUCCUGGUUAGUCUUUUGGUCCCCUACAACGACCCACGUCUCGUUGGAAGCGAAAACUCCGUUGGUGUCACUGCUAGUCCCUUUGUCGUUGCCGUUGAGAGCGCCGGUUCAACAAUUCUGCCGAGCGUUAUGAAUGCGGUGAUUAUGAUUGCGGUGCUGAGCGUGGGAAACUCUGCCAUUUUUGGAUCCUCGCGGACACUGGCCGCCUUGGCCGAACAGUCACACGCACCUGCGAUAUUCUCCUAUGUGGACCGCAAAGGACGGCCGUUGACGGCAAUCGUUUUCGCCUCGAUUCUCGGACUUUUAGCAUACCUGGUCAAUGUCAAGGUCCAUUCAGAGAUUUUCGACUGGCUCAUGGCUGUUUGCGCGCUGUCGAGUUUGUUUACUUGGGGCAGCAUUUGCCUCUGUCAUAUUCGCUUCCGGCGGGCCUGGGCAGCGUCAGGACAUUCGCUGAAUCAGCUACCGUUUCUGUCGCAGGCUGGCGUCAUUGGCUCUUUUCUUGGAGUAGCUGGAAACAUAUUGGUAUUGGCUUCGCAAUUCUGGAUGGCCGUAUCUCCAGUGCGGGGGGAUCCGAAUGCCGACGGGCCUAACAUUACUGCGAAAAACUUCUUUCUGAAGGUGAUGACCGUUCCAAUCGUUGUUAUAUUCUACGUUGGACACAAGUUGUGGUUCAGAACCAAAAUCGUUCCGAUCGCUUCCAUCGACAUCCACACCGGGCGAAGCUUCUCAAGAAUCCAGCCGAUUUCGGACGAGGAAGAGGAGUUGCGCAAAGCGUGGCCACUAUGGAAAAGAAUGUAUCGGACGCUGUGUUAA